UGCCAGUGCCCGGCUCCGGGCGCGCCUCGUCCAGCGCCGCCGCCCCGCAGCCUGCCCGGUGCCCCCUGUGCGGCGCGGGCUGGACUCUCGGUUAAUGUUUAACUUGGGGCCGGACUCGAGAGCCGCUAGCGACUCGGCCGCGGGGAGCAGCAGGGCUGGACGCGCGUCCCGGCGGCUCGCCUGAUUCCUGCUCUCGCUCGUCCCGGGAAAGCUCCGUUACGCGGAGACCCGAGCCAUGAAGGUAGCGUUGAAGGUGCUCUUGGGACUCCUGGCGGUGGCCGCGAUCGUCACUGUCAUCACCGUGCCUUUGGUCCUGCUGAACAAAGGUAGUAACUCUGAGAACCAAGACAAAGAUGUAAUUGACAGCCGCAGAACCUACACUCUAGAAGAUUAUCUAAAAAGUACCUUUAGGACAAAGUUCUACUCAUUGCUGUGGAUUUCAGAUAGUGAAUAUCUCCACAAACAAGAAAAUAAUAUCUUGCUAUUCAAUGCUGAAUAUGGAAACUACACCACUUUCCUGAAGAACAGUACAUUUGAACAAUUUGGAUAUACCAUAAAUAAUUAUUUAGUCUCUCCCGAUAGACAGUUUGUUCUCUUAGAGUAUAACUAUGUGAAGCAAUGGAGGCAUUCGUACACAGCUUCGUAUGACAUUUAUGACUUAAAUAAAAGUGAGCUGAUUAAAGACUUUAAAAUUCCAAACAACACACAGUGGAUCUCAUGGGCCCCAGAAGGUCACAAAUUGGCAUAUGUUUGGAAGAAUGAUAUUUACGUUAAAAUUGAGCCAUAUUUAGAAAGUCACAGGAUCACCUCAAAUGGGAAAGAAGAUGUCAUAUAUAAUGGAAUAACAGACUGGGUUUAUGAAGAGGAAGUCUUCAGUGCCUACUCUGCUCUGUGGUGGUCUCCAAACGGCACUUUCUUAGCAUAUGCCCAAUUUAACGACACAGAAGUCCCACUUAUUGAAUACUCCUUCUACUCUGAUGAGUCACUGCAGUACCCAAAGACUGUGCGGAUUCCAUAUCCAAAGGCAGGAACUGAGAAUCCAACUGUGAAGUUCUUUAUUGUAAAUACGAAUAUUCUGAACACAAACCCAAGCUCUCCUGUACAAGUCACUGCUCCUUCUUCUAUUUUGACUGGGGAUCACUACUUAUGUGAAGUGACAUGGGCAACCGAUGAAAGGAUUUCUUUACAGUGGCUCCGGAGGAUUCAAAACUAUUCAGUCAUGGAUAUUUGUGAUUAUGAGGGGUCUUCCAGGAGAUGGAAUUGCUCAGUGUCAAGACAGCACAUUGAAAUGAGUGCUACUGGCUGGGUCGGAAGAUUUAGACCUGCAGAACCACAUUUUACCUCUGAUGGUAAGAGCUACUAUAAGAUCAUCAGCAAUGAAGAUGGCUACAAACAUAUUUGUCAUUUCCAAACAGAUAAUGCAAACUGCACAUUUGUUACAAGAGGACCCUGGGAAGUCAUAGAGAUAGAAGCUCUUUCAAAUAAUUAUCUAUACUAUAUUAGCAAUGAAAAAGAUCAAAAGCCAGGUGGAAGAAAUCUUUAUAAAGUCCAAUUGAAUGACUUUACGAAAGUCACAUGCCUUAGCUGUGAACUAAAUCCACAAAGAUGUCAGUACUAUUCAGCAUCAUUUAGCAAAGAUGCAAAGUACUACCAAUUGCUCUGCUCUGGUCCUGGACUGCCCCUCUAUACUAUGCAUAGGAGUGCAGAUGAUAAAGAACUGAGAGUUCUGGAAGAUAAUUCAGCAUUGGAUAAAGCACUGCAAGAUGUCCAGAUGCCCUCAAAAAAACUGGAUUCUAUUAGUUUGCAUGGAACAAAAUUUUGGUACCAGAUGAUUUUGCCUCCUCAUUUCGAUGAAUCCAAGAAAUAUCCUCUACUAAUAGAUGUUUAUGCAGGUCCCUGUAGCCAAAAAGCAGAUGCAGCUUUCAGACUGAACUGGGCUACUUACCUUGCAAGCACAGAAAACAUUAUAGUAGCAAGCUUUGAUGGCAGAGGAAGUGGUUACCAAGGAGAUAAGAUCAUGCAUGCAAUCUACAGAAGACUGGGGACAUUUGAAGUUGAAGAUCAAAUUCAGGCAGCCAGAGAAUUUAUAAAAAUGGGAUUUGUGGAUGACAAACGGAUUGCAAUUUGGGGCUGGUCAUAUGGAGGGUAUGUCACCUCAAUGGUCUUGGGAGCAGGAAGUGGUGUGUUCAAGUGUGGAAUCGCAGUGGCACCUGUGUCCCGGUGGGAGUACUACGACUCAGUGUACACAGAGCGUUAUAUGAAUCUCCCAAAACCAGAUGACAACCUUGACCAUUACAGGAAUUCAACAGUCAUGAGCAGAGCUGAAAAUUUUAAACAAGUUGAGUACCUCCUUAUUCAUGGAACAGCAGAUGAUAACGUUCAUUUUCAGCAGUCAGCUCAGAUCUCCAAAGCCCUGGUGGAUGCUGGAGUGGAUUUCCAGGCGAUGUGGUACACGGACCAGGACCAUGGAAUUGCCAGCAGCACGGCCCACCAGCACAUCUACACCCACAUGAGCCAUUUCCUCAAACAGUGUUUCUCUUUAUCUUAGUACUUGAAAAGCUUAUUACAUUGUGAAGCUUAUUAAAAUUCAUUGUUGUUCUUAUUAUCUCAAAACUGCAGUUGUGAUGAUGACCUUAACAAAUACACUCAAAUCAAAAAAGUUCAAGUUAUCUUUGUUCCCUAAAUUUAGUACCUAAGCAAGUAGGGAUGCCAUCUUUGCAACAGAUUAUUUUAAUUGACAGAAUCUUGAAUUGUUCAGUCUGGUUUUAUCACUUAAAAUCAUUUCCACAUCAAUUGCUGAGACAAGGAAUGAGACUUGUUUUUUGUGAGAGCUUUUCACAUAGGUUCCCUGGACAAGCAUUUGAUUUUCUUCUUCCUGGGCUAGUCCAAAUCUUGUUGUCAUCCUUUAAAGAAUAACAAGGUAUGGGCAGUGAUGUCGCUGCAGUAGGGGAAAGGAAGGAGCAGGGAGGGGGAGACGCUAGCAGGGCAUGGCUGCUAACCCAUGUCCACGCUUGCCGACCUGCCCCAAGCUGCUGUCAGCUCCUCUCAGAGAAGAGCUGUUCACAGCCCAACUGGCACUGUCUUCUAAGAAAGACUAUUGAAACAGCCUCAGGAAAUCAAAAAUGCAAAGCACUGAGUUCUGAGUAAAACCACAGCAGCUGAAUAGGCUCUAAAGAAUUGAAAGGGAAACUGUCAACAAUGCAAGGUCCACAGGUGCCAGUUAUGGCUAUAGGUGCUACAAAACCACAUCAAGGGAGGUGGGAAAGUAUUGUAAACAUGCUUCAAAAGUACAAAUAUUUCGUGGUGAAAAGGCGACUUGUAACUGAAAUGUGAGCACAUCAGCUUGCCCGGCUAAAAGAUGAAAAUAUUUGUAUCACAAAUCUUAACUUGAAGGAGUCCUUGCAUUAGCUUUUCUAUUUCAUAUCUUUGAGGAUCUUAAUAAAGAGUAUUUAAACUUC